AACGAGUUGCAGAGUGAGGACGUGAACGAAGAAUUGCUGCUGCUGCUGCUGCGCGGACAAGUUUCUUUGACACUCCCACAUCGUUAGUUAAGAUCCACCUACAAUGGCAGCAGUUAAGGAAGUUCAACAGAACCCCGCCUUGGACCUGGGCGCUCUUCUGGACGCUGGGGACGGGGCCGUGGUGAUGUUGGUGGCGGGGGAGACGCGGCUGGCUGCGCACCGGGCCGUUCUGGUCGCCCGGAGCCCCGUCUUCGCGGCCAUGUUCCAGCACGACACAUUGGAGGCAAGCAGCGGCCACAUCAGCAUCACAGACGUGGAGGGGCCCGUGAUGAGGCAGCUGUUGGCCUACCUGUACACCCUCCAGGUUCCCCAGCUGCCCACCAUGGCCCUUCAGAUGAUGGUGGCAGCUGAUAAGUAUGGCUUGUCGGCCUUGAGGUCUGCCUGUGAGCAGCAGGUGUCCGCUCAGCUGACCAUUGACAAUGUGGCAGCUGCAGCUGUGCUGGCAGUGAGGCACUCGUGCCCUGACCUUACUUUGGCUGCUGUUGACUUUAUAAAGACUCACUUUGUCCAUGUGGUGGGCACACAGGGCUGGGCAGAUGCUGUGCUAAACCAGCCAAAGGACGUGGUCGAAGUGAGUCGGCUGCUCAGCGAGCCACCACUAGAAAUGAGCGUGACAGCGACUACAGAGAGCGAGCCCACCACCAGCACUCAGCCCCACAGCGACCAAGGGCAGACACCUAUCACAGCUGUGUUCCACACUGCUCCCCACCAGAAUCUUCCACUUGAUGACACGACUGUCUCUCUCAUGCGGCACCUUCCUGAAGAGGAGAAGGGCAGGAGGCUGAUCCAGGCAGCUAAGGAGGGAGCAGUACAGACGUUGCGGUCGCUGCUGGCCGCAGGGGCGGACGUGAGGGCGACAGACAAAGACAGCAACACAGCCCUGCACUGGGCAGCAGCCAUGGGGAACACAGAGGUGGUGAGGUGUCUAGUGGAGGGCGGAGCAGAAGUGGGUGCGAGGAACGACUGGCAGAACACGCCUCUGCACUCAGCUGCAAAGAAUGACUGCGCAGAUGUGGUGCGGCUGCUGGUGGCGUCUGCCGCCGACCCCAACGCCAAACAUGAGGCUGGUUGGACGCCACUACAUUGGGCGGCAGCGGGUGACCACCAAGAGGCGGCGGUUGCACUGCUGGAAGCGGGAGCUGACAAGGGGGCGAGAGAUGACAGCGGGGCUACCCCUCGUCAUCUCGCCAGGCAGAACAACCACCAUCAACUGGCACAGUUGCUGAACUGAAGCUUGAAGUUCUACAACUGUCUAGAGUAAAACUAAUAAAGGUUCACCA